CUAUUUAUUUUUUUUAAAUUCAAUAGACCUUACAACUACAACAAAAUACAAAGAGUGAUAUUUCUCCAUUCCAUCUCUCUUACUCUUGGUCUUCUCUGUAUAAUUAACAGAUAUCAAGAGAAUAAAGAGAUGCCGAGAGAAAUACUGAGAGAGAGAUCUUAAUGAAGAACUAAAUUUGGGUUUUUACUCAAAAUCAGAGUUGUUAAUCAAUAUAAAUGGUUCACGGACGAUAGAAGUGCUAAAUUCUAUUUGCUUGUACUAUAAUGCAAUGCAACCACCAAAGGCCAACAUCCCUUUUUUAAUUCCAUUAUUUUAUUCAUAAUUCUUAAAUCUAUGAAUUGUGGCUGUAAUACUAUUACAGAUAUUUUUGUAGUUUUUAAAACAUGAUUUUGAUAUUAGUCUCUCUUUAUCAACCAACAACGUUAUACUCAAACGCAUGGAAACAAUAAUUGUUCCAUUCCACCAAAACCUUUUCACUUCAACAACUUCACUCCUUUUCAACCCUUAAACAGAAUCUCCUCCAUGGAACACCAUCCAUCACCACUUCCACCAAAAACAUACAAACUAACAGCAACUUCAAUCUCUUACACCAAAAACUUACAAACAAACAACACCAUCAUUGCACCAUUCCUCAUCUUCAAACACUGUACACCAACUCCACCAACCUAUAUCCUCAAAGAUGUUUCCCUCACUGCUUACCCUUCUGAAAUCUUAGCCAUUGUUGGUCCAAGUGGUGCAGGAAAAUCAACCCUUUUAGACAUUCUUUCAGCUAGAAGAUUACCUUUAAGUGGAACACUUUCCCUUAACUCUUCACCUAUAACAAACCCUUCAACAUUCAGAAAACUCUCUGCUUAUGUUCCUCAACAUGAUGCAUGUCUACCUAUGCUAACUGUUUCUGAAACUUUUGCUUUCUCUGCAAGUCUUCUUAAGCCUAAGAAAACAACUGAUAUAGCUUCCAUUGUCUCUUCUCUUCUGAAUGAACUAAGAUUGACCCAUUUGGCUAACACAAGGCUUGGUAAUGGUUUAUCAGGUGGAGAGCGUAGAAGGGUCUCUAUUGGACUAAGUCUUCUUCAUGAUCCUGCUGUUUUGCUACUUGAUGAACCAACUUCUGGUCUUGACAGUUCAUCUGCUUUCAAAGUCAUGCAAACUCUCAAAUCAUCUUGUGUUUCAUAUAACAGGACAAUUGUUCUUUCUAUUCAUCAACCUAGCUUCAAGAUUCUGUCUUGUAUUGAUAGAAUUUUGUUGCUUUCAAAAGGGACUGUUGUUCAUCAUGGAAGCCUUGCUUCACUUCAAGCAUUUUUGCACUCAAAAGGGUUCUCUGUCCCUCAUCAGCUUAAUGCUUUGGAAUAUGCUAUGGAAAUAUUAAACCAAUUGAAUGAGCUUAAACCAAUGAUUACUCUUCCUACUCCACCUGAAUCACCUGAAAGUAGUUCUAAAUCUACUAUAGGUUGUUCUGUAUCUGACAAUAUUAUUGGAACUAAAAGUAAAACAAGCAGAGAAAUCAGGUACAAAAGUUCAAGGACUCAUGAAAUUUCUACACUUUUUAGAAGGUUUUGGAAGAUUAUUUACAGAACAAGACAACUUCUUUUAACAAACACAGCUGAAGCACUUGUAGUAGGACUUGUUUUAGGAACAAUAUACAUCAACAUUGGUUUUGACAAAGAAGGGAUUCAGAAAAGGUUUGGUCUUUUUGCAUUCACUCUUACAUUCCUACUAUCUUCCACAACUGAAACACUUCCAAUCUUUAUCAAUGAAAGACCAAUCUUGUUAAGAGAAACUUCAAGUGGUGUUUAUAGGCUAUCAUCUUAUCUCAUAGCAAACACACUUGUUUUCUUGCCAUAUUUGCUAGUAGUUGCUGUUAUUUACUCUAUACCAGUUUAUUUCUUGGUUGGUCUUUGUUCUUCUUGGUUUUCUUUUGCUUAUUUUGUUUUGGUCAUUUGGGUCAUUGUUCUUAUGGCAAACUCAUUUGUUCUGUUCUUAAGUUCUUUAGCACCAAACUACAUUGCUGGCACUUCACUCUUGACAGUGCUACUUGCAGCAUUUUUUCUCUUCUCUGGCUAUUUUAUCUCCAAGGAUUGUUUACCAAAAUAUUGGCUCUUCAUGCACUUCUUUUCCAUGUACAAAUAUGCUCUUGAUGCACUUCUUAUCAAUGAGUAUUCUUGCUUAGUUACAAAGUGUUUGAUUUGGGUUCAAGAGAAUCAAGAGUGCAUGAUCACUGGUGGUGAUGUGUUGCAAAAGAGAGGGCUCCAUGAAGGACAAAGAUGGACCAAUGUCUACUUCUUGAUAGGAUUCUUUCUGUUUUAUCGUGUUCUUUGCUUCUUGGUUUUAAUUAGAAGGGUUUCAAGAUCCAAAACUUGAAGGCCUAGAAGUGAAAAUGUGGUAAGCAUAUAUAUAAGAUUUUUCUUCAAUUAUGAUCUUUCAUUUUGUAUGAACUGUUUUUUUUUUUUUUUGUGUUAUAUCAUUUUAUUUUUAUGAAGUAUAUAGAUAAUAAUAAUCUGAAAUACAUGCAGCCACAAAGAAAGUAUAUGAUGAAGUUGACUCUUUCUUCAUCUUCUUUCGUUGUAAUGUUAACUCUCACUCUUUAUUUGGAUGUAUGUUUUUUUGGAUGAUUUUGUAUUAUCAUGUUCAUGUGAUAUUUCAUUUUCAUGAGAUACAGUCAUACAAGUGGAUAGGCAGUACUUAAGAUUACGACUUCUCAUAUUUUAUCACUAUAUGAAUCUAUGAAAUAUAAUAGGCAUGCAUUAUAUUGAAA